CACUGCUCUUACCCUGAUCACGCUCGUGCUCUUUGCACGGAUUCCAAUCCGUGCGAUUUUGAAUGCGCUGAUGGUUACUCAGCCUUCCCUUCCGAGAGGCCCACUUCUUGUAAAUGUCCUGACAACUUCAUGGAGUGUGAUGGAAAGUGCGGUCCUUUUACGGUGUGCCCCAGCAAAGCACCUCCGUCCCGUCGUGACAAUGAGCCCCAAUGUGCCGCUGGCCGCACCAUGUGUGGGGUCCCUGGUACUAGCACUGGUCAACCUUGGAAGUGUGUCGAUGUUACAACCGAUCCUACAACUUGUGGUGGAUGUGUUGAGGCAUGUCCUUUCGGACACGCACCCGUCACUGGCGUGAACUGCAAGGAUAUCAAGGGCGUCAUUCCUGACACUGUUUCUUGUGGUAACGGGCGUUGCAUUGUGAAAUACUGCGCAGAGGGCUUCGUCGUCAGUUCUGCUAUGGAUACAUGCAUUCCU